AUGUCCCGCUUCUUAAGCUCUGCUGCAUCUCGUCGGCUGGCUGCACUCUCAAGCACUCUUACCCCUCCUACAACUGCAUCUGCUGCUCAAUUGAGGUUCACCAGCAACAUGUCUUCUGAGAAGCCGCUCGUCUUGUACACUGGUCGCACGCCGAAUGGGUUCAAGACCACCAUUUACAUUGAAGAGCUCAAAGCCGCGUAUGGCGCCGCAGCUCCGGACGUCGAGAUCUUCCCCAUUGACAUUGGCACGAACGUCCAAAAAGAGCCCUGGUUCAUCGAUAUCAACCCGAACGGCCGUAUCCCAGCCUUGACCGACCGCUCGCGGGGCAACUUCAAAGUCUUCGAGAGCGCCGCGAUCUUGUUGUACUUGGCGCAGCACUUCGACAAGGAGAAGAAGUUCACGUUCGAUGCGGAGAAGGAGGCGGAUGACUACAGCGAGAUGCUGCAGUGGGUGUUCUUCGCGCAUGGUGGUGUUGGACCGAUGAUGGGUCAAGCCGCACACUUCUACAAGUUCGCACCUGAGAAGAUCCCCUACGGUAUCAAGCGCUACCAAGACGAGACGAAGCGUCUGCUUGGCGUGCUCGAGAUCCGGCUCAAGGACAGGGAGUACCUCGCUGGACCGGGUAAGGGCAAGUACUCGAUCGCUGACUUCAACGUGUGGCCUUGGGCGCGCAACUACGCUUUCCUUGGUGUCGAGGCUGAUGAUCUGCCUAACUUCAAGGCGUGGGUUGAGAGGAUCAAGGCGCGUCCGGCCGUUGAGGCUGGUCUCAACUCGCCUCCGGACGGCUGGCAAAACGCGAAGAAGUAA